AAAACACAAAUCCAGUUCCAACACUUCGUUAAACUGCAACCGAAGACGUUGGCUUCACUCGUCGACAGAGUCCACCAGACAGCAUCGACCGUUCGCUGUCCAGAUCUCCGUGCCUUGUCACGUGCCAUCGCAAAAAUUGACCCACGACCAUGGGGGGCCACUCGACUGGCAAUGCAGCUUACGAUGCUGCGUUACAGAGGCGGCAGGCAUUGAUGGGUGCCAGCGGUGCAAGGGCUCUUGUAAAGAAUUGGAAAGUUGCCCGCAUUGCCGCCUUUGCCUGCAUCGGCGGUGUCUUAUACGGGUACAACCAGGGCAUGUUCUCCGGUAUUCUCGCGAUGCCAUCGUUCGAGAAGCACAUGGACGGAUACACCAAGAACCCAACCCAGAAAGGUUGGCUGACGUCAAUUCUCGAGCUCGGUGCCUGGGUCGGUGCUAUCUUAUCAGGCUUCAUCGCUGAAGUUUGCUCCCGUAAAUAUGGUGUCCUCAUCGCGACUGGCGUCUUCAUGCUCGGUGUUAUCGUACAAAUAUCAUCUAUUUCAGGUGGCCAUGAGGCUAUUCUAGGAGGAAGAUUUGUCACUGGUAUUGGUGUUGGAAGCCUUUCAAUGAUCGUUCCACUUUACAACUCGGAGUGUGCACCGCCGGAGGUCCGAGGCGCUCUUGUAGCCCUACAGCAGCUCGCCAUCACCUUUGGCAUUAUGAUAAGCUUCUGGAUUGACUACGGGUGUAACUACAUCGGCGGCACCACUGAAGACACACAGUCUGAUGCAGCUUGGCUUGUCCCGAUUUGCUUGCAAUUAGGUCCCGCUGUCGUCCUCUUUGUGGGCAUGAUUUGGAUGCCGUUUUCCCCGCGAUGGCUUAUUCACCACGGUAGAGAGUCGGAAGCCAGGAAGAUCCUUGCCAAUCUCCGAGACCUCCCUGAGGAUCAUGAGCUGAUCGAGUUGGAGUUUCUCGAAAUCAAAGCCCAGUCGCUGUUCGAGAAGCGUAGCACAGCCGAGCACUUUCCUCAUCUUAAAGAACAGACUGCUUGGAACGUUUUCAAGUUGCAGUUCGUCGCCAUCAAGGCUCUUUUCCAGACCAAGGCCAUGUUCAAGCGAGUCAUUGUCGCAACUGUAACUAUGUUCUUCCAACAAUGGACUGGUAUCAACGCUGUGCUCUAUUAUGCUCCUCAGAUCUUCAGCCAAUUGGGACUGAGUCAAACGACCACAAGCUUGCUUGCCACCGGUGUUGUCGGCGUGGUCAUGUUUAUUGCAACGAUUCCUGCAGUUCUCUGGAUUGAUCGUGUCGGCCGAAAGCCUGUCCUCAGCAUUGGUGCUAUUGGCAUGGGAACCUGCCAUCUCAUCAUUGCUGUCAUCCUUGCGAAGAACAUUGAUAGGUUUGAUCAACAACCAGCUGCUGGCUGGGCUGCAGUGUGUAUGGUUUGGCUGUUCGUGGUUCACUUCGGAUACUCGUGGGGUCCAUGUGCAUGGAUCAUCAUCGCCGAAGUUUGGCCAUUGAGCACCCGCCCAUAUGGCGUAUCUCUCGGAGCUUCCAGCAACUGGAUGAAUAAUUUCAUUGUUGGACAGGUCACUCCAGAUAUGUUGACAAGUAUCAACUAUGGCACAUAUGUCUUGUUCGGAUUGUUGACUUACCUUGGUGCCGCAUUCAUCUGGUUCGUCGUUCCAGAGACUAAGCGUUUAUCUUUGGAAGAGAUGGACCUUGUAUUUGGCUCCGAAGGCACUGCCGCUGCUGAUUUUGAGAGAAUGGAAGAGAUCAACAACGAAAUCGGCCUGAGUGCAGUCCUGAACCGCGCUUCCCCGAGCGGCGGAUACUCCAAGUCGGAUGACUUGGAGAAGAAGGACAUCGACGCUGCUUCUGCCGAGCACCAUUAAGAGAGCCAUGAUCUACCGGAAGUAUGACCACCACCUACUCGCACGCAGAUCCACCAACACAUUCAUGUGAAAGUCGGUCUGUACUGCUAUGGCCUGGUAGCUUCACGCCAGUCUUAGUCUCGUGGAAUGGUGGGAGGAGGGGAACUAAUAGCGUAGGUAAAGUAAAUCAUGCCAUACGGAACUUGUCCUGCAUCCUAGGAUUCAAAUACAGAUUGGAUACAUUCUAGC